AUGUCUGUCACCCUUCCCUCCACCGCAAACUGGGUCUCUCCCCUCUGUCUCGGCGCCAUGACCUUCGACACCGGACAUAGCAAGCGCUACAGACACUGCACGAAGGCCAACACAUGUGGCAUACCGGGUCUCUUUUGCAGCAAAAGUGGCAGCUUUAUAGAUACGGCAAAUAAUAUCGACAAAAUGAUACGGUUUCUUCCUGUUGGAACUGCUGUCCUGCAAGUGCCAAAUGAUUCCAGGCUCAAUUACAUUAUCAUGUCCCUAGAACAACCCAAUAAACAGAUACCCGGAGUUAAGAGACCCUCGACCCACUCCAUCUCCAUUGGCCCCACCAGCGGAUUGACUGAUAAACGAGCCAAUGAUAACCGAAGUCUGCAACGGAGAUCACAGCCCGCAGCGGCCGCUGCUCCCGAGGAUAACUGGAGCGGAAUGCUGGCACCUUUUUUACUGACAAAUAAUCCUCUCCUCUACUCAGGAGCACGCCAACGGAAAGAUGUCCAAUCAUCGGGAGCCGCAAACAAUAUCCACAACCUAUCAUCAUUGAGCUCUCCACAUCCUCAAAGCCCGCUUCCCCCAUCGGGCGCAAUUACAUGUAGACUAUCCAGAGACGAGCAUUUCCGAUGCACAUUUGCCCCUCCCAAUGUCCACGAGCUGAUGGCCGACUUUGAAACCGGGGCUUUGCACAGCUACCUUGGCGGAUCACCACAGACCGACAUGCUACUGAAUCUAAGCAGGAUGAAUGUGCUCCGGGCAGCCUACCAGAAUGCCAUUGCGUUAGGCAUGACCGCCGAAUGGCUAUGCCAGGAUGAUACAAUAUCCAUUUUCUCCAACCAUGGUCCCUAUGUCGUACCGAGGAAUCAGGUCAGCAUUCCCUACAGUCUACGCCCAACAGCCCUGCAGCGUGCGACUCCACAUCAUCCGUGGCUCGAUGUCUUUCCGUUCCCGUGCAUGAGGGACAAUCUUAUCCAAGCAGGCGAUGAUCUUGAUGAUGAUGAACUGUGCCAUGAUAUGACGGCUUUCUGGGAUACGCGUAGCAGUAACGCCACGCUCCUCGUAUGGGGAACACCCUGGGAUCCUAAGAAUUGGGAGGUUACUGAGGAAUUUGCUAAGAAAUGGGGGGUCUUUCUUCGAGGGUGUCCGGAGAUUCUCCGUUCAACAAAUAGUUGGAGGGCCAGGAGAGGCGAGAGGCCUUUGGUAUGGGAACGCAUCUUUGCUUCGAUUGAUAUAUAA